AUGUAUCUAAAUGUUUACAAGCUUGAGGGCCUGGGCCCAGUUCUCUCAGUAGCUGCCUACAGCCAAGAAAACUGGGCAGCAGUAGAACGCAUUUUCGAGUCCCACUCGCAAGAGUCAUUCCCUCAAAACUUAUUCAGACAGCUGCAGGGUGUCCAAGACAAAUCCAGGACACCCUACUUAAUAAAGGCAAUUGGCACUUCUGGAUUAAAAGUUGCCAGAGAAAUUGCAGAAGAUAAAAGAAAAGACCACAUGAAGCAAUUAGCUGUGGCCACAUUAAAGAUGGGGACGUGGGAAGACAUUGAGGAGACAUAUACGUUGUCAGACAAGAUGUUAGAGUUCACUGGUAUGCUUAUUUAUUAAAGGUUAUAAUUUGGAGAAAAAAUAGCCUAUUAAAAAUAAUGGCUUAUUUGCAAUUAUUAA